AUGUUUUCGACUGAUGGAGAAUAUACUACGUAUGUUCAGAUCCUUCGUCCGCUAGAGGCGCAAGAUGAUCUCGAUCUCGAUUUGGACAGUUUUGCAAUAUCCCCUUCUACAGCAAGUGAUGAUGUUCCAGAAGCAGACGACAAAAUGAUCGAGGACGAAUCAGACGAGGCCACCGUCGUUAGGCCCGCGUCCCACGACAUGGGAUAUGUGACAUAUGAAAUUCACCUUCAUCCCACAUACAGGGUUCCAUGCCUAUGGUUUAGUCUCCAUGGCCUCCCUCCACAUGAGCCUGCCUUCAAUAUUGACACCGUAUUCCGUCGCCUUGUUCCGGAUGAGUACAAGGAGGGUCUCCGAGGACUGGGAGGAAUCGGCGGCAUCUCCGCAGAUCACCAUCCCAUCACCGGAGUCCCAACAUUCUUUGUACAUCCAUGCUUGCUCGGAGAUGCCAUAUCGAACUUCAAGUGUUCCAGAAAGGACUACUUGAUGGUUUGGCUCGGCUUAGUUGGAGGUUGUGUGGGACUUUGGGUACCCAAGGAGAUGGCAAUUCAAUGA